AUGCCGGAAGAUUUAAAAGUCAAGGGAUUUCCUGAUCUGUCGUCUAAGCUGUCCGCCCCCGCCAAGAAAUCUCUAUUCGAGCGCCAAAAAGCGGAAGCUGAAGCCAAACGGGCAAGAGAAAAAGCAGAAACCGAAGCUGUCUACGAGGAUUUUGUGAAAUCAUUUGAAAACGAUGGCGAUACGUCUACGCGCCCAAGCACUGGAGAGAGGACAAGUCCAUAUGGUCAUGGAGGCAGCGGGCACACAGGUGGCCCGAUCGCCCCUUCAAAAAGACAUUUUACAAGUAGCACGAUGAGAUCCGGAUCUGGGAAUCUGGGAGGAUCACAUCCCUUUGGUUCGAGAAAACGACCGUUCGAAACGCUACAGGCAUCCCAUAGGGACAGAGAACCGUCACAUGGCCUUUUCGCUUUCGAGACCCCUUCCCCGGCCCAUGUUGACGCCGCCGCAGCAUUUCAGACUUCUGAUGAUGAGGAUGACAAGGUCACAGACAAAAAGGAAGCGGAAAGAGCUGCAGCUAAGCCCACCCUUCAUCUAUCUUCGUUGCCACCGGGAACGUCUCCGGCAGUUGUCAAAGCUCUUGUUUCACAUGCACUCGUUGUGGAUAAUGUUAAGAUCUUAUCGACAAGCGCCCAAGGAGCUGGAGAACGAAAAAUAUGGUCUGCAAUUGUGACUUUGGCAAAAGGAACAGCUGCUACUGAGAUGGAUACUGUCGUCAGCUCAUUGCAGAAUAAAUAUCUGGGAUGGGGUUACUAUCUGUCAAUAUCACGACACCUCUCAUCAGCCGCCAUCAACUCCACCAUGCCAGUGGUAACCGGGUUGACUUCUUCCACUUCCCAGCCAUUCGGAGCACGUCCAACAAAUCAGGGCCCGGGAGGUCAUUUUGGUCGUGGUGGCACUCCUGGUGGUCAUCGUGGUGGCUUUGCACCACCGUCGUCUUACGGGCCAGGUUAUGGUGGGAGGGCUGGAUCUAGUCUGCAAGUUGAGGUUAAACCUCCAUCUGACCUGAAGCAGCUAAAACUCAUCCACAAAACUUUGGAAAAUCUCUUAACUUAUGGUCCUGAGUUUGAGGCACUGCUUAUGAGCAGAGCGGAAGUACAAAAGGACGAGAAAUGGGCUUGGAUAUGGGACUCAAGGAGUCCGGGUGGGGUGUGGUACAGAUGGAAGUUAUGGGAUAUCUUAACGGGCGCAAGAAGAACUAAGAAGAGGCACUCACGAAUGCGACCUUCUCCUAUUUCUGUUUUCGAAAGUGGACCAGUUUGGAUACCCCCAGAGAAGCAUCUACAAUUUGAGUAUGUUACCAAAAUGGAUGAGUUUGUAUCCGACGAAGAUUACGAUUCUUCAGAUGAGGAUGAUUCAGACAGGGAGGAUGAAAGACGUCUUGAUGGCGGAACUUUAGAAGGUAAUAGUGAUGGUAUUGGUCACUUAAAUCCCCUCCAGAAAGCAAAGCUCGCAUAUUUGCUUGCAAAACUCCCUACUACAAAUUCGAAGUUACGAAGGGGCGAUGUCGCUCGCGUCACCUCAUUUGCGAUUCGCCAUGCUGGGCACGGCGCUGAUGAAGUUGUGGACAUGAUCGUUUCUAACAUUACCAAUCCACUUGCUUUUACUAGCGCUAACCCGGAACGCCAACGACGGGAAACGGAGCUUCGUGGUGGUAAACCUGAGGAGGUUGAUGAGGCGAACACGGAGCAAGACAACCAAAUUAUCCCAUCUUCCACGAAGCCAUCCUCAAAAGAAAUUCUAGAUACUUCAUCUGCUAAGCUGAUAGGCUUGUACGUAAUCUCUGACAUCCUCUCCUCGUCAUCUACAAGCGGGGUGCGGCAUGCCUGGAGGUAUCGGCAACUAUUUGAAUCAGCCCUAAAAUCACACAAAACCUUUGAGCAUCUUGGACGCUUGGAGAAGGAGUUGGCUUGGGGCCGGCUGAAGAUCGAAAAAUGGAGGAGAAGUAUUGGCAGCCUUCUGUCUCUAUGGGAAGGCUGGUGUGUUUUCCCUCAGUCAAGCCAAGAACAUUUUGUUCAGGUAUUUGAGAAACCACCCCUUACGGAAAAAGAAAAGCUUGAAGAACAGAAGCGUGCAGAAGCGGAGAAAGCUACAAGUGUUUUUGGUAGCAAAGGAAAGAGUAGAUGGAGAACGGUUGACGAAGAGAGCAAUACAGCACCCGCAGAUACGGGAAGCGGUUUGGAAAGCGAGAAAAUGGACAUUGAUGUUGUUGUUGAUGAUGAUGAUGAUGAUGAUGGGGUGCCGAUGCCCGAUGACGAUGAUGUUGAUGGGGAGCCUAUGGAUGACGACAUUGAUGGCAUUCCGAUGGAGGAUAGUGAUGUGGAGGACCUGGAUGGUAAGCCGCUGGAUGAGAAUGGUAUGGACGAGAGCGAACCACCCAGUGCGGCAGGGUGUGAAACUUCUCACCCGUCGGGCGACAAUACAUUUACCGAAGUCCCUCUAAAUAAGCCACCUGAGACUGAGCGCCAACCUGCUCCUCGACGUCGUCGACCCAAAGCGGAAGACAUGUUUGCGGAUUCAGAUUCCAACUGA